AUGGCGCCCGAGCUGCUCACGGGGGUGGCCGUCCCCCCCGCCGCGGCCGCCGACCUGUACUCUUUCGGGCUGCUGGCCUACUUCAUCGUGACCGGGCGCCGUCCUUUUGAGGGCGCGAGCAGGGACAGGGUGCUGAGGCGACUGCGGCGCGGCCAGCCGCCGAGCCUGGCGUGGCCCGUGCCCGCCGCCGACCUCUCGCGCGCCUGCCGGCCGGUGGUGGAGCAGUGCACGCAGCCGAGGCCUUCGCUGCGCCCCACGGCGCAGCAGGUCAGCGACGAGCUGUCCAGCGCGCUGAACCCGGCGGUGGGCGAGUCGAUGGACACAAUGCUGGAGUCCUGCACGGGCAGGUCCGGCUGUGGCAGCAGAAAGCUUUCGUUUGCCACGGAGCUUUCCGCCGCGGGUUCCUCGGACGGCAAGGAGUUCCUGGAGUUCAGCGGUGUCGUGGAGGUGAGGCAGGCUGUCAGCGCCAGCCACCGCUCACUCAUGGCCGGGACCAGCCAGAGCCUGCCCGUGGUCCAGGAGCAUGCAACGCUGCAGUCUCGAGAGGCCCCGGGCGGCGCCGAGGCGGCACCGUCCAGCAGCCCUGCGACGGCGCAGCAGGCGACGUUGCUCCACCCCGAGUACGAGCUGACGCCGCUCAGAACGCAGACCCUCACGCUGGCCUAUCUGCUCCUGCAGGGGAACGUUGCCGCGGCGCCGGGGGGCUCCUGCUGCUGGUUGCACAGCGCUCUGCUUGCCCUGGACACCGCUCGGGAGGAGCUGCAGCGCAGGCCGUGCAACGUCCCUCAGAGCGGCAUUGUCUGCGGCCAGUGCGACACGUGCGGGCUGUUGCUGACGCACGGCCAGUCCUCCUGCGAGUUCUGCGAGGCCCCCGAGGCCUCGAGCACCGAGGCGGACCUCACGCAUUCGGCGGAUGUCUUCGGUAUCUGA